AUGUCAAAACAAUAUCUCACAGCCCAUACUGUGGACAAUGCGCACAUUACCGACAUAUUCGCUUUAGCGGCGACACAAAAGAGCAUCCUUUCGGCCAGCGGCUCCUCUAGCAUCCAUGUCCACGGAACAACAACCCCCAGCUUUUCGCUCACUCAGACCAUCAGCGCUGCGCACUCCCUAGGCUGCCACCAUCUCUGCACAUCCGGAAACGGCAAAGUAGCUGCCAGUUCCGGCCACUCCGAGAUCCCCAAAGGAGCCGUCAAGGAUGCGUCUAUCUGGGCCGUCGCCCUCAACGAGAAUGGCCAGUUCCUCGCCACGACGACGAGGGAUGGGAGAGUGAUUGUUUGGGACGUUGUCGACAAAGGAAGCCCUAAGAUUAUCCGCGAGUACGAGACUAGCACCGGAAGCUCUGGCAGCUUUGGUAUGUGCGUAGACUUGAGCGGCAAUGGCAAGUUUACAGCAAGCGGUCACCAAAACGGAACCGUCUACAUCUUCAACAACGAUAGCGGGCGCCUUGUCCACGCAUUGACGGGGUUGACCAAGGCGAUUAGGACGGUGUCGUUCUCACCAGGCUCGACUCGACUAGCCGCGGCCGGUGAUGCGGCAGUAAUUGCACUCUACGACAUGCAGCACGGAGAACACGUAGCUAACCUAACAGGCCAUUCCGCGUGGGUGACCUCUGUGGACUGGAAUGACAGCGGAGAAUUCCUCCUCAGCGGUGCCAUGGACGGCAAGGCUAAGGUGUGGUCUAUCGAGCGCAAGGUCUGUGUUGCCACACACAGCGAGACGGAUAAGCCUGUAUGGGCUGUAAAAUGGCUGCCCAAGACGGGAAGGAACGAGUUCUUCUGCACAGCAGGGGCAAACCGUAGUCUUUCCUUUUACAGGGAGGCAACUGGUGCCUGA